CUGGCCAUUCAUGCCAGAUUCUCCUUUUAUCAACUCCCUAUGCGGCUAUGCCAUAGCCAUUCAAUAACUUUUCUAAAUCAACAGCUUCAAUGAGUUCAAUCUCCACACAGGCAGCACUCAAAGCAAGUCGAAUUGCAGCAUUGAACCCAGUUUUCUCAUCGUCUAAAGAAGCCCCCCCGCCUCCAUGUUUGUCUCUCUUUAAGAAUUCCAUUUCAGGUUCAUCUGGAUUGUCCUCAAAGGACAACGCUUUCCUCAGGGGCCAUUCUAUCAACAGCCAAUUCCUGAAUUUUUAUGCAAGUCGUGCUCGGAUAAAGAAAAGAGAGCUUGCUGUUUCGCCCACCUGUGUCCUUCCACUGACCGAGGAGAACGUAGAGAAGGUGUUGGAUGAGGUGCGUCCUGGUUUAAUGGCCGAUGGAGGAAAUGUGGCUUUGCACGAAAUAGAUGGUCUCGUUGUGGUCUUGAAGUUGCAAGGCGCGUGCGGUUCGUGUCCUAGCUCAACAAUGACCCUAAAGAUGGGAAUCGAAACACGCCUCCGAGAUAAAAUUCCAGAAAUUUUGGAAGUGGAGCAGAUCAUGGACACUGAGACAGGACUUGAGUUGAAUAAAGACAACAUUGAAAAGGUUCUAGAUGAGAUUAGACCAUACCUGGUAGGCACAGGAGGUGGUGAACUUGUGCUUGUGGAGAUAAAUGACUACGUCGUAAAAGUUCGGCUUAGCGGACCUGCAGCUGGAGUUAUGACAGUCCGUGUUGCUUUAACUCAAAAAUUGAGGGAAAAAAUACCUUCUAUUGCAGCUGUACAACUGCUUGAAUGAUAGAAAACAAUGAGGAACAUCAUUUUUAAAUAUAGUUAAAU